CAUGCGUGGAGGAUAUGCGCUUCGCAGCAAAGUCUUCCUUUACUCCACACACGCUUCUAAGCCUCGCUACUAACUACACUUUAUUCAUCCUCCGUGUCAGGAUAAACUCCACUCGUCUCAGUCAACUUUGGACAUUAUUAGGCCCGCUUAGCUUGCUACUUGUUUUAGCGCGUUAGUUAGCUUAGCUUGCUACUUGUUUUAGCGCGCUAGUUAGCUUAGCGUGCUAGUCAGCUUAGCUUGUUAGCUGCUAACAAAGAGACGCGGAUUUGAUCAACACAUCGCUUAGUUAAGAUCAAGUGUGAGUGUAAAGUGUUGUGAUUGUGUGAAAAUGUGUGAAAGAACGAUAGCAGAGUACAAAGAGGAACUUUCUCGGACAAAAGCAGAAAACAAAAGACUACGUCAACUACUGGACGCUGUUUUCGAGAAACCUCAAGUUGUGUUACACAGAACAGACGUCUGUGAAAAAUAUCGUCCACCUGAGCAGCAGGAGGGGUCCUCCAGUGUGGAGCAGAAGAGGUCACUGCACCUCCACGUGAAAGAAGAGGAGCCACAGUCCCCCCACUUUAAGGAUGAAGAAAAACAGCGGCUGACCCCCUACUUCAUAGAAGAAGACAAGAGACACCUCAUCAGUGUGAAGAGUGAAGAUGAUGAGGUCAAAGGUGAAAGUGAGGAGAAGAGAGAGGCGGAGCCUCCAAGCAGCAGCUCAACACAACACAUGACAACAGAAGCUGAUGGAGACCACUGUGGAGGAUCACAAGCAGACAAGAUCUUAGCUCCACUAUCAGAUAGUGAGGACACAACGUCACACUCUCCUGACACUGAUGAUGAACACUCUAAAGAUGAUGCAACAUGUCACACUGACAACACUCACUUCACAUGUUCCCACUGUGACAAAACUUUUAAAUACCAUUGUCGUCUAAAAACACAUAUGAGAAUACACACCGGAGAAAAACCUUUUUCCUGCUCAGAAUGUGGUCAAAGUUUUGUAAUAAAUCAAAGUUUAAAAGAACACAUGAGAAUACACACUGGAGAAAAACCUUUUUCCUGCUCAGAAUGUGGUAAAAGUUUGGUAACAAAUCAAAGUUUAAAAGUACACAUGAGAAGACACACUGGAGAAAAACCCUUUUCCUGCUCAGAAUGUGGUAAAAGUUUUGUAAUGAAUGAAAGUUUAAAAGUUCACAUGAGAACACACACUGGUGAAAAACCUUUUUCAUGUUCAAUCUGCGGUAAAUAUUUUACUCAAAGGCCCCAUUUAAAAUUACACAUGAGAACCCACUCUGGUGAAAAACCAUACUCCUGCUCAAGCUGCAGCAAAAGCUUUCGUCACCUAAACACUCUUAGAGCACACAUGAGAAGACACCCAGGAGAGAAAGUGUUGAGUUGCAGUGUGUGUGGUGAAAGAUUGUCUUCUAAGUACCAGUGUAAGAAACACAAGUGUGCUGGUGAGAACAGCAGCAGCAAAUGAAACUGCAGGAUUUGAAAUAAA